UCGAUCGGGAUCCUAGGGGACCGCUGCGUGCUGCAGCAUCACAACCUGCCUGCCUCCCUGCUUCACAUAGCUCUGUCUGGUCGCCGCAAAUCUGAGUAAGCCGCACAGCGAUGGGGAUCACUGUGGACCGGGGCUCAAACAUCUCUCAACAAGGCGUUUGACAGAGACAGAGAAAGAGAGAACAACAAUACAGCACGGAAGACAACAAAACGCACUGAGCCUGUUUUUAUUUAAUUUUUUUAUGAUUGUUAUUGUUUUUUGUUUUCUUUUUUUAAAAUUACAAUAUUUGGGAAGCAUUGGUAACCGUUAUAGGAUAAAAACAAACGCCUGUUUAAAUUCUCAUCUUUGAUUCGGAAGCCAAGGGGAGCCUGUCUUUAGGGAUUACUGAGCACUCUUUCUGAAGACGGAUUACCUUGUCACACUGAGAGCAGGAACAAGGAACUUGGAGAUCUCUUCAACAACUCCUCACCACAACAUGUGCUGUCAAUCUUUUUCGAGAUGGAGGUAGCACCGCUGAGCGCUCCAUCGCCCUUGUCGAUCCACGUGGCUGUCCUAGAACCAUGCUGUGACCCUUGUUUGAUGUCUUCAUUGCGCUAGACACACUUUGCACCCAGUGACAGGCUUUGACCCUGAAGCUUUCUCAUUGCUGUAGUAAAAUGGCCUUGGAAGUGCAGGUGACCUGAAAGUAAGGAUUAGCCCACCCCGGCUCUAGUCUCUUCUGUGGCUGGGACCAUGCUGUUCUAAAAGGGAUUCUCGGCGACGAUGAAAGGGUUAGGAGCCAACCGCAGCCGCCACCUGUCCGACAGCUGCGAUCCAUCUGGGGGCCCCCAGGAACCCAUGUACCCCUCGUCAGCGGACCCUCGCAGCCCCUACUUGCUGAGCCCAAACAUGGACCACUAUGGAGGAUUGGACCCCUCGCACCACUUCCCCCCUCCCACCUCCAGCUCCCUGACAUCAGACUACCUGUUGCCUCUCAACAACCAGCUCUCCAACAGCAGCACUUUCCCACGGAUACACUACAACUCCCACUUUGACAGUCGGCAGCCAGACCUGACCCCAGGAGGAGGCAGCAUCGGAGGCAUCAGCACCGCCACCACACUGGGCACCUCCAUGUCCAUGGGCAUGGCUGGGAGAGGCAUGGUCGGCAGAGGCAUGAUCACCAGUGGCUCGGCGACCAUCUCGGCAGGCAGCAAGAUGAACCGGCUGCCACCCAACCUGCUGGAUCAGUUUGAGAAGCAGCUGCCCAUCCACAGGGAUGGCUUCAGCACGCUACAGUUCCACCGUGGAGCGGCUUCCAAGCAGCGCAGCGACAGCCCGGGCCGCAUCCGCUACCUGGUGAACUCUGUCCAAAAGCUGUUCGCCAAGUCUCAGUCUCUGGAAGGCUCCGCCAAGGGCAGCGUCAACGGCCGCUUAUCCAACAGCAGUGGCAGCGAGGAACCCAAACAUAACCGGCGCAGCAAGAGCAAGGACCGGGCCAAGACGGAGAGCAGCAAGCAGCGGGUGCGCUCCAACAUAUCAGGCUUCUGGAGCUCCGACGAUAACCUCGACAGGGACGCCAGUAGCAACCGCCACCUCACAACCCCUAUGACUCUUGGCAGGUGCCAGACAGACAACCAAGGGCCAUCCAAGUACUUCAUGCACGCUUACAACACCAUCAGCGAGCACACGCUCAAGUCCUCCAAGAGCAGCAAUGACCUUAAGUUCCAAGCCUGCCCUACCCUGCAGGGGCCUGGAGGAGGUGGAGGUGGGGGAGUGGAGGACAGCAAGCAUAUGAAGCGUGGCUCGUGGUCCACACUCACACUGAGCCAGUCACAGCAGGUCUGCCAAAAGGGCUCGGCCACCAUCGACAGAACUCUGCUCAAGUCCAAGUCCUCUCACCAAGACCUGGCCUGUCAACACCUGCAGUUGGUGUCUCCACAGGUGCCUCUGGGGGAUUGGAACAGCACAAUAUCGCGGGACCGGUCCGGUGGCUCCAGUCAGAUCCCGUGCCGACGGAUGCGCAGCGGCAGCUAUAUCAAGGCAAUGGCGGAUGAGGACAGUGAGGACUCUGAGGGGAGCCCCAAGCCCUCCCCAAAAACCGCUGCCCGCAGACAGAGCUAUCUGAAGGCUACGCAGCAGUCCCUGAGCGAGCAGCUCCCCACACGCAAAUCCCUGGGCAGCAUGUGCUUACAAAGGGAUAUCGAGGUGCUGUGGUCACCCCAACAGAGCGGGAUCUCGCUCUACAGCAGCUGUCUCCCUUCUCUGAGGGAGAUGUCAAACAAUCGCAGCCUGGAUAACCUAGACUGCAUCGGGGUCCCAUCAGGAUCCACCUACCAGUGCUGGGAAGAUGACGACUUCAGCCAAGCCAGCAACACUUUAGGCAAGAACAGCUGCAUCAGCCAGGUGCAGGAGCUGGAGGUCCGCAGUCAGUACGAAGAAAUGUGCGAGUCAGCCUUCAAUGAAAUGGACUCCCAGGCAGUGGAAGCCCUAGACUUGCCCCUGCCCACCUGCUUCCGAUCCCGGAGCCACAGCUACCUGCGUGCCAUCCAGGCAGGCUGCUCCCAAGAUGAUGACAUGACUUCCAUCAGCUCCGAGUCGCCCCCGCCCACCUCUACCGUCCGCACCUUCAGCACCAGCACCAGCUCCACAUGUAUAACGACCUAUAAGAAGGCGCCCCCUCCCGUGCCCCCUCGCACCACCUCCAAACCUUUCAUCUCGGUGACGGUGCAGAGCAGUACCGAGUCAGCCCAGGACACCUACCUGGACAACCAGGACCGCAAGAGCGAGGCCAACAGCCAAUCAGGGCUAAGCAACUCGUCGGACAGCCUCGACAGCACACGGGCCAACAGCCUGGCUAAGAGCAGGCAGGCCACUCCCCCUGUCGCCACCCCCCGAGAGGUCCCGCCCCACAACAACCCCGCCCUCACGGCCCACAGAGACAACCAGUAUGACACCCUAAAGACUGACAAGGGGACCCUGACCACUGAGGAGCCCAGAGCAGAGCUUGUUCCCAAGAGGAAGCUCUCCUCCAUUGGCAUACAGGUGGACUGCAUUCAGCAAGUCCAGAGAGAGGAACUCCCGCCCUUAACCAGGUUCCAGUCAAUCGGAGUGCAGGUGGAAGACAGCUGGCAGCAAAGCCGCUCCAGCAGCAUGACAUCCAAGCAGGAGACAGACUCUGACAUGCAGAACCUCAGCAAUUGCAAGCCCUCUGACAAAGGGAUGGGCACCAACAGCCAAUCAGUGGAGUGUUCCACACAUCCCCAAGGCAAUGGCGAGGGUGGGGGUGGGGGUGGUGGCAAGGGCAAGGCUGGGACCACGCGGCAGCUGUCCAAUUGUAUGGGCAUGCGAAGCAGCAGCUCCUCCUUCUCUGAGAGUCUGGACCCCGCCCUAGACCCCUCGUCCCUGCCACCGCCGGACCCCUGGCUGGAGACGGUGAACAGCAGCGCCCCCAGUGGGCCGGCUCAGCCCGGCGCACCUGCCUGCCGCAGAGAUGGCUACUGGUUCCUCAAGCUGCUGCAGGCAGAGGCUGAGCGCAUGGAGGGGUGGUGCCAGCAGAUGGACCAGGAGACUAAAGAGAACCAGCUCUCUGAGGAAGUCCUGGGGAAGAUCCGCAGCGCAGUGGGCAGUGCACAGCUUCUCAUAUCGAAGAAAUUCCAGCAGUUCAGAGGACUGUGUGAACAAAACAUGAAUGUGAACGCAAACCCGCGGCCCACUGCACAGGACCUGGCUGGCUUCUGGGACCUGCUCCAGCUCUCCAUCGAGGACAUCAGCAUGAAGUUCGACGAGCUCUACCACCUGAAGACCAACGACUGGCAGCUUAUCGAGUCGCCAGACAGGAAGGAAGGGAAGAAGCAGCCCCCUCUAGUGCCAAAGAAACCCUCCAAGCCGAAGCCAGCAGCUAGCCGAGAGAAGGGAGACUCGUCGGCGGACAAGCAGAGGCAGGAGGCUCGCAAGCGGCUGAUGGCAGCCAAGCGGGCAGCUUCGGUGCGGCAGAACUCUGCUACGGAGAGCGCCGACAGCAUCGAGAUCUACGUUCCCGAGGCACAGACCCGUCUCUGAGCCCCGCUCCUGCCACGUGAACCCACCAACGAGCCAGCGAUCGGCAGCGUUAUCCAUGAAACUGAGGGGGAGGCUGGACCUCGUGGCAGCAAAAAAUUAAUAAUUAUAUAUAGAGGACAUUUAAAAACAGAUUGUGGCUCUCUUGUUGUGAAGCUGCCAUGAAAACCUCAAGAGACUUCAUUAUUAUAUCUGCUAAACUAGACUAUGAUAUUGAGCUGUCUUAA